GUGGUUUUAGUGUGUGAUGUGUUCAGUCAUCAUGCUGCAGCUCGCCGGCUCAGUGUAGCGCUGACUGUUACCCGCGUGCGGUCUUCUCCUCGCGGGAUGAGACUUUGCGGUAAACUGUGAUAGGGAUCAAUUUGAUGGGAGCACGCGGGGAACACCUGGAAAUGGAUGGAGGAACUCAAGUCGCACAAAGCCUCUGUCGCAGCAGUCCACCAAUUGCUUUACCUUCUCUCCUGGUCCGCCGGGGAGCGCGCUUGUAAAAUUAUUUGACUCGUGAAUGUGAACAGCCUACCUCCGGGAUUAGAGGGUUAUUGAGUGAACGACAAUGUCCCGCGGCUCGGUCCGGUACUCCCGGCUAUUGUUCGUUCGUCAGCGGACGCCCAUUGCGCAGUCUGCCCAGGUUCAUCUCCAAUAGCUGUUCAGCUCUUCUGCUGUGUCUCCUCGCUGCAUCUCUCCCGGUGUGGAUAGGAUGACUUCCUGGCUCCUCGCACACGGCAGCAGCGUCCCUCUGUGUGUCCUGCUCGGCUGCGUGGUACUUGCUGUCUGCGCAGAAGCUUCCAGUGGCGGUACCAGUGUGUGUUGGUCGCCCAGCAUCACCUCUUGUGCAGAAUGCCUCCGACGUGGACCACAAUGUGCCUGGUGUUUUAAGGAGGACUUCCUACGCGGGGCUGAGCAAAGCCAUCGUUGUGACCUGUCGGAGAACCUGCGUAGAAGAGGCUGUGAUCCGGAGUUUAUGGAGCAGUUGGAGACAAAGGUGGAGGUCAACGCUACCCUCAGCAGUACACAAGUCUCCCCACGAGACAUCAGCAUCACCCUCAGACCAGGUUCAGAGGCCAGUUUCAUUGUGGCUGUGAAGCAGUUGGAGCAUUACCCUGUGGAUCUAUACUACCUGGUGGAUGUUUCAGCUUCUAUGCAGGAAAAUCUUGAUCAUCUUAAAACGGUGGGUGUAGCUCUGUCCCUCCGUAUGACAGAGUACACCUCAGACCUUUGGAUGGGUUUUGGUUCGUUUGUGGACAAACCUGUCUCACCUUACAUCAAUGUUCACCCCUCCAAGAUCAACAACCCCUGCAGCGACUAUGAGAUCCGCUGUCGUCCAGCCCAUGGUUUCCACCAUGUGCUUAGUAUGACUGGAAAUAUGACUGAGUUCACACGUGUGAUCAAACGCCAGCGCAUCUCUGGGAACAUGGACACACCUGAAGGAGGACUAGAUGCCAUGCUGCAAGCAGCUGUCUGCCAGGGUGCAGUUGGAUGGCGGCCUGAGGCAAAGCGUCUGUUACUCCUGAUGACCGACCAGCCGUCUCAUCUCGCCCUGGACAGCCGGCUGGCGGGGAUCGUGGUGCCGCACGAUGGCCUGUGUCAUCUGGAGAAUAACAUCUACACAGGAAGCACCAAGAUGGACCAUCCCAGUUUGGGUCAGUUGUCUGACAAGCUUCUUGAGAACCACAUUUACCCCAUCUUUGCUGUGGAGAAGCAGCAGUACCAGUGGUAUGAGGAGUUGGUGGACCUUAUACCUGGCUCUUACCUGGGAAAGUUAGGUCUGUUUCAUGCACCAAACCUUAUCGAGUUGGUGGCAGAUGCAUACAAGACGUUGCUGUCAGAGGUGGCGGUGUCAGUGUCAGUGGAAGACAAGGCAGUCAGCAGGUUCUGGGUGUCUGUGUCUCCGCUCUGUCCUGAUGGCUCCACUGCUAAAGACCAACGCUGCUCAGGGGUGCAGCCAGACCAGACAGUCUACUUCAAUAUCACCAUUGGUCAACAUUCCUGUGAUGAUGAUGGUAAAGAUGAAGAUGUGACGGUGAUGGUCCGCCCCGUGGGUUACAAUGAGUCCACUGUUGUUAGGAUCCAUUCUAAAUGUCGCUGCAAUUGUGGGACAAUGGGACGCUGCCAUGAUGAUGACCAGGCCCCCUGCAGAGGGGCCCAACAUGGCAUUAGUCAGGAGCCGAGGCCAGAUACAAUGAAAGACUCAGAUCCAAGCAGGAAUUGUAGAGCAGAUGGGUCGAAUUUGGACUGCAGUGGCCGGGGAGUGUGUGAAUGUGGCAGGUGUGUGUGCGAGCAAAGCAAACUUGGGGUAGUAUUCGGGAAAUACUGUGAAAUGGAUGACUUCUCUUGCCUGUAUGAAGGGGAAGUACUGUGUGGAGGCCGAGGUGUUUGUUCGUCAGGAGAGUGUGUGUGCGUGGACGGGUGGACUGGUGUUAGCUGUGGCUGUCCCACCUCCACAGCAAGCUGCCAAUCAUCAAAUGGCUUACUUUGCAGUGGGCGGGGCAGGUGUGUGUGUGGCAAGUGUGUGUGUGAUGACCCCAAGCUGUCUGGAAACUUCUGUGAGAGAUGUCCUACUUGCCAAAGCACCCAGAAAUCCACCUGCAAGAGUGUAAACUGCAACCGUUCUCAUGGUCUUUCACAAAAAGAAGCCGAGCACUGCAAGACUUGUGCACCUUUGAUCGAUAACCUGAAUGAUGUAUCAGAGCGUGUGAGCAGCAGGCGGCUGGUUGGAACAUUCCUGAGUGUGUGCGCCCUGACGUUGCUGUGCGGGUUGGUAGUGGUGGCUGUAUCCCGGCUGUUGCUGCAGAAGAGGGGCAGGUCAUCAGGGGGUGCCGUUGAGGAUGGAGGCUAUCAUUGCACUGGAAAGGACCUGUCAUACAUUCCUACAACCAAUGAGAAAACAGUAACCUACAGGAGGGACCGUCCACCUGACCGCCCUGUGGAGAUGCACAUCCAGGUUCCCAAGAUGCCCCUCGGUGACCCCUGGCAAUGCUAAUCAUUGGAUGAACAUCUGAAGGAAAGCAGCAUUGACACACAGGAGAGCUGGAUGUAAAAACUUAUCUGCCUGUCAACUUCUAUAAAAAGUCAGUGAACUGCAUGUGGAGGAUUUUUAUGAUGGUUAACUUAAUCAUGAAACCUCCACUAUAUUUGCGAUAUGAACUAACAAAACUUUUUGACAAUUAUGGCCAGUAUCCUGGAAAUGGAGUUGAAACAAAGAGCACAAGUCCCCCACCUCUUCUUCCUCUGUAGCAACAGGGAGGCUACGUUUUCAACAGGGUAAAACGUGACCAUUCCUUGCUUUUUAGCAAUGCAGCAAUUACUGCUCUAAUUUAUGUGUGUGUGUGUAUGUGUGUGUGGAUGCAUGUAAAUGAGUGGUAAAUGCUUAUAUAUAUUUAUGAUUUAUUUUGAAACACUACAUCUUGGAAGUUGAUGUUGGUUAGGUCAACACUCUCACGGUACUGUCUCCCUGUCUUAGUCUGCCCCCAUGUGGUCAACGUAAUUUAUGACAUCUCAAAUAAUGCACAUUACUGACCUCAGCUGUAUUGCCUUGAGUACACCAAUGACUCCACAUGCCUUUUUAGUUUUUUAAGUUAUAUUCUCUGUCUUUUAGUGUUUUCAAGUUUUUUUCUUUUGCCUUUUGUUUUUUUCUUACAAAUCAAUUGUAUUACAACCCAAUGCUUGAUUUUUGUGGCAUUUUCUCUUAUUAGAUCACCUGUUUUAACAAUCUGGUUAGACUUGCACUAGAAAAGUUGCAUUAUACUACUGAAAGCUAUGGUGUCUCUGGGACAGAAGAGAUUUAACAGUGGGUUUGAAAUAAUACAUACAAAUGUGUCAAUGUGCAUUUGAAGUUUAUGUUAACACAUCCAUCUGAACACUGGAAUGACAAAAACUGAGAUUCAAGUUUGAAAUAUGCACAUACUCAUAGUUAAUGCCAAAUGUGCCAUCAAACACCACAAGAUUUGACCUCUGCAUAGAGCUGUGUCUGCAUGCUCCUGAUGAACAUCUAUUUUCUAAACUAUCCAGACAACUUGAGGCUUUAAGAGACUUUAAAGUACAAAUCAGCUUUGAAGGAACUGAGAUCAGAGGUGGGACUUCCAUCUACAGCCACCCCAUGCACUAGAAGAUUCUAUCUCAAUCCUGAUUGCCAACUGCAUGGCAUAUAAUGAGACUUUGGCUUGCUCAAUCCUGCUCCUCAUUUGGAUUUUUAUUUAACAGUGUUUACAGCAUUAGCUGCUCCAUUUCACUGUAAAAUUAGAAACACUAAUGAUUAUUUAUUUUGAUUGUUGUAGAUUGUUUUUGUUUAUGGGUAAUAGUGAUAUUUUAUGAGCCAGCUACAAAAGUUAGAAAUGUUAACUAUGACUAUUGUUCAGCAAUAAAAUACAUUAUGAAUCAUCUCA